ACGCCUUGCACGUCUGACGGCAUUCGACAACUCAAAAGGGGAAUUAGGGCUUGCUUGCUUCAUUCCCGUUUUCGUGAGGGUAGUAGCUUUCCACAACACAGCCUCUUUCCGGCGACGCUACCAUGGCGGCAGGGAUUCAGAGAGGAGGUGGCGCACGGCGAGCCAUGGAGGGGGACGAGAAGCUUGUUUUCGAGACUUCAAAAGGCGUCCAGCCAAUCAUGAGUUUCGACGAGAUGGGAAUAAAGGACGAUCUCCUCAGAGGAAUCUAUAACUAUGGCUUCGAGAAGCCUUCCGCCAUCCAGCAGCGUGCCGUGCUUCCGAUUAUCUCCGGACGUGACGUCAUCGCUCAGGCCCAGUCUGGUACGGGCAAGACUUCCAUGAUUGCCCUAACUGUUUGCCAGAUUGUGGAUACCAAGUCUUCAGAAGUCCAAGCCUUGAUAUUGUCACCAACAAGGGAGUUGGCUUCCCAGACAGAGAAAGUAAUACUGGCAAUCGGUGACUACAUAAAUGUACACGCGCAUGCUUGCGUUGGAGGCAAAAGCGUCGGUGAGGACAUAAGAAAACUGGAGCAUGGAGUUCAUGUGGUUUCUGGUACUCCUGGACGAGUUUGUGACAUGAUUAAGAGGAAGACAUUACGAACUAGGGCAAUCAAAAUAUUAAUCUUGGAUGAAUCUGAUGAAAUGUUGAGCAGAGGAUUCAAGGACCAGAUUUAUGAUGUUUACAGAUAUCUACCUCCAGAACUGCAGGUUGUCUUGAUAUCUGCCACUCUUCCAAAUGAAAUAUUGGAGAUGACAAGCAAGUUUAUGACUGAUCCUGUUCGGAUCCUUGUGAAGCGUGAUGAGUUGACUCUUGAGGGCAUUAAGCAGUUCUUUGUUGCAGUAGAAAGAGAAGAAUGGAAGUUCGACACUCUUUGUGAUUUAUAUGAUACCCUUACAAUUACCCAGGCUGUGAUCUUCUGCAAUACGAAACGAAAGGUUGAUUGGCUUACUGCAAAAAUGCGGGAGAAUAACUUCACCGUCUCAUCCAUGCAUGGAGAUAUGCCUCAAAAGGAGCGAGAUGCAAUUAUGAAUGAAUUUCGAUCUGGCCAGACCCGAGUUCUUAUCACCACAGAUGUUUGGGCCAGAGGAUUGGAUGUUCAGCAGGUUUCUCUAGUGAUCAAUUAUGAUCUGCCCAACAAUCGAGAGCUUUACAUUCAUCGCAUAGGGCGAUCUGGUCGGUUUGGUAGAAAGGGUGUUGCUAUCAAUUUCGUGAAGAGCGAUGACAUCAAAAUUCUAAGAGACAUCGAGCAGUACUACAGUACACAGAUUGACGAAAUGCCAAUGAACGUCGCUGAUUUGAUUUAAAGAUCCGUUCGAUUAUUGCAUACACCAGAAGUUCAGUACAAAGCUGCAGAUUCGUAAUGGGGGAUGGAUUGCUAUGGACUUAUUUGGGAUCGACUACUUUAUUCCAUUCGACCGGUUGUGUGGUUUCUCUGGCGUGCUUUUGAGUUGAUUGUCAGCUAGCUAUACGAUACUUCAAUGAUAACUUACUGUUGGCCUUCUUUAAUUUCUUGUGGUGAUUGAGCUUGCUAAACCUAAAUCUAAUGUUUAUUUUUCAUGUGUAACUUUUUGUAUGUCUAUGGCUUUUUCUGGUUUGUGAUUCACCCUGAAAUUCUGUCUAAAGCUAUUCCUAAAUCAAUGUUUUAUGGUUUGUUUA